AAAAGAAAUCGCGCAAAGUCACUGAUUUAGCCAGUCUGCAAGCCCCAACUGGGCCACUCUACACGCACUAUUCACCGAAAUACAAGGAAGAACAACCUUUACAGGGACUACACAGAGGUACUCAUUGAGCGCCAAAACAAAUAAAACUCGAUUGAAAAUUGUGUGCGAUAGUACUAGGAUAAUAAAGUAAUGAUUCGCGGAGACGUCAAUACGAGGCACUCGUCACGUUUCUCGUUCUGAUUACAUGACGAGCCGGGCCCGCCAUGGAUCGUGAACCAACGGGCCAUUGAUAGGGGUUGGGAUGGUAUCCAAUUUCGACGAUGUCUUGGUUUCAAUCAUGUCAACAUUGAUGGGGAGAGGGAUCUAUGUAACAUUCCAAGAAGUAUUACAUUCGUAAGGCGAAGUUCGACGCUGAAGUCCGAUGACAGCUUUACACUAUUCGGCGACAGGGAUCAGGUGAUAAUAAAGUUACCAUGGAAACUGAGAAGUUAUUGUUUAUUCUGGCUGUUGUAUAUUUGAACAUCAUUAGGCAAGUCACUGGAACCGAAGCACCAGAAGAGGAACUGUCAUCAUCAUAUUUGUUCGAUUCAGUUGAGCUGAGCUUUUGGAUUGCCCUCGGCCUCGCCUCAUCCGUCAUCAUAACAUGCCUAUGUUGUAUCUUCUGCUGCAAACGAAAUACACUUCUUUCUCGUUCAGCAGCGCCAUCUACGUCACAGCAGGUUCAGGUCAGAGAAGGGCAGGCAAACAGUGGCUUCGACUAUUCGGAUCCGCCACCUCCAUACUCAGAAGCGCUAAAAUAUGCGCUCAGUAAAGACAUCGAGGGAUUGCCUGAAUACUCCGAAACAUACUUGUGAUACUGAGCGAGGACUUCAUUUAUCUAAUAACGAGUGCUUAUGUUUGUAAGUCUCGGAUCUGUAUUCAUUGUUAACUCACAAUGACACUGAGCUUGAUAUAUAAUGGGGGAAAAUAAACUUUUCGAGCAUUUCACAUUGGAAGCAGAGGGUAUGGAGAAGAACACUAGCAUAAUACUAUCCAUGCGUUUUUUUCCAUAAUCGGUAGCAGGCUGAUCGGUAGCCAUUUUGGCACCAAUACACCGGGAAAGUAUUCCGUCACAUUUCAUCGGCAUGAUCGUUCUCGUUGCGCAACUUUAUAGUAUUAGACUCCGGCAUCCGGGCGUGUGCACUGAAACUACGCCUCUACAUUGGUACUGCAGCACGAGCUACCGAUAGACCUUAUGGCGAUAACGAUCGAAACAAUUUUCGAUAUAUAUGAGAAAAGGCCAGGCGACUGCAACGAAAAGAUAUCCUCUGAGAUCCAAGGGAAUUCAAUGGACUAUAGGAGCUUCCCGACCCUUUUCGGUGGGUGAUGCGGUCACUUAUCUUUUUAUUAUUUAUUUAACAUACUAAUUACUCGCAACACUCUAGAAAACGAAGAGCAAAUUUAGCUCUUAAAGAGCGUGUAUAGUACCUGCGCUUCGGAGUACUGAUUUGUCUAGUUCAAAUUUUGAAAAAUCAGCACUCUGAAGUGCAUUCACUAUACACGCCUUUUAAGAGCUAAAUUAGCUCUUCAUAGCUCUUCGUUUUUUUUAGAGUGAAGGAAGAAGAUUGUGCUAUAUAUGAUUAUAUACAUCGAUAUUUAAUUCCGCCUGCAUGUAAUAUGAUAUUAGGCAGAGCAAACUUAUUACGUAUUACUCAUUAAACUGUCAACACGUCGUAGAAACGCUGCACACAUCUUAAGCCCCUCCCCAUUUUUCGGUGCUGGCAGAACAGUGUUUGUUGAGCCAUUGGUGAGCGAUCUUUGUUUCAAAUCCAUGGCACAGAACGAAAUGGCAAGAGUAAUGACAAUUUUGUAGCUUUUACUUUUAUCAAUACUCAUGUAAAUAUUCCAGGACAAUGGAUUAUCACAAAUCAUAUUUGAUGAAAUACUACGUCUCAAACUGGCAAUGAAAUGUAGACCAAUUUCAUGUACAAUAACGUUUUGAUUUUUUCACCGCACUGCCAAUUAAGGAAUUUAGUGAGUAUCUUGUUUACAUGAAAAUACUUCAAUAGAAUAGAAUUUAAAACUGCGCACUAUUGAAAGAGAACUUUCUUUGAUGUAUUUUGCAUGAACCAUAUAAUCUUUGAAAGUUAACUUAAAACAUAUAGAUUAAUUAUAAUUUCCUUCAAUAAUGGCCGUUUCGCUAUAAGCUGAUAAGAGUGCAAUAAUAGAUUGUAUCAAUACUAUUGGGUUAUUUUUAAACUAUUUCUAAAAUUGAUAUUUCUUGUUAAUUUUAUUUCAAUCAAUGUCUCAACGAUUAACAUACUUAAGUAAAAUAUGCAAAAUAGAAAUCGAUUUUUCUCAUGCAGUAACAAAUGUGGAGAAAGGAAAAAGGGAGAAGAAAAGUAUAAAGUAAGACUACAUAAUAGAGGUUGUUUAGCUUUGAUAUAUGUAUUUUUUAUAAACAAUUUUUACUAUUGAUGAUGGCUUUCUAUGAAUAAAGAUUUCUUUGGUCUUUUAUUUUCCAUUUGGAGGUUUUGAAAAUGAUGUGAGGACACUCUUUAUGCGAAUGCAAAUUCAUUGUAAUUGAUACGAAAGUCACUGUUACUCAAAUUUGUACACAAGAUUGAGGUAUAGCAUGUAUGUUGUGCUUCCUUUUAGAAAUAAGAAUGCGAUUUUUUAAAGGUCGUCCAUAAUUUUGAAUUCCUUAAUAAGCAAUUGUCUAAUAUUGACGUUUCACUUUAAUGUAGCUAAUGUGUAGCUUAAUGUGUAAUUUAAAGGAAACCUUGUCGAACUUAUUACUUUUAUAUACUGUUGGAUUUUUUUCUCCCAGAUUAAUAUAGGCAGGAUUGAUUUGAUGUUGUAGCGCCCUCUCGAGUUCUAGAUAUCCAGUUAUAAAAUCCACCAAAUCAAAACCUGCCCUAAAUCUUCAUAUCAGUAUAAAUUAUAAGUGGUAUUGAUAUAUAACUUUAUUCAUUCAUCUUUAUCAUCUAUUUGUUUGUUUAUCUUUUGAUAUAUCUAUUUAAUCUUGUUAUUUUUUAUUAAUUCAUUUAUCAAUUUAUUGAUUUUUCUUUAUUUUUAUAUGCUUUAUCUAUUUUUCAUAGAGAUGUGGGGUCUCAAUUAUUGAUGAUAUGUUGUAUGUUGUACGACAAAUAUUUAUAUCUACACAGGAAUGAGAAAGUCAGUGCCCAGAAAUAUAAUCAAGCUGGCGUUAUUGCUAUAAUUGCUACUGGGCUUUCAGAUGAAUAUUUAUUGCUACUUUGGUGGAGAUUCCCCAUCUUAU